AUGCAAAAAAGCGAAGAAACAGACAUUCAAUUUUUUUUUUGGAAAAACAAAGUGGAGAGAAGAAAGUUGGAAGCAGAGGGUAAGGCUCAGAUACCAACAAAUGAUGAAGAAAUUGGUCAGGUGGUACCAAAUGAUGAUGAAGGUGCUCAAGAAUUUGAUCACUGCCCUGACGACAUAGACUUCUGCACUGUGAAGAUUCGCCGAGAGAAAGUCGAAUACAGUAUGGAAGAGGUUGAAAAGCUCAAGGAAUUAGUGAGGAAAUUACGUUGCUUUACCAGCUACAAGAGAAAAAAUGGUACAUGGUCAGAGUUGUUAAAGCUUCGAAAAGACGUUUUCAAAGCGUGUCGGACUGGUGAAGACUUGCGACUCAAAUGGAGAAGCAUGAAAACUGCAGGACUGGUGGAUUAA